GCAGGGGCCUUUCCAAGGGGCCCAUUUGGUCUACUGGCUGCAAUAUCCGACGGUCUACCCAUUCCAGCCGCCGAAGUUCGAUUGGUCUGCGCACUUUGUUGGCUUUCCGGUCACCUGGGACGAGGUUGAGGUGGGCUGGUGGAUUUUCCUCAUCCCGGCCAGCGCUCAAGAUGGCCGACGCAUGAAGGGAAGGGUCACGCAGAAGACCGGCCAGGAGCUGAAGGUUUGCUUCAGAGAAGGCGGAAGCGAGGACGAAGAGGAGCGGCCGGAAAUGCCAGAGGAGUCGGUCGACAGAGAAUGGUGGAACUGUCACGACGUGGUGCUGGGGUGCAGUGCGGAGGCCGUGGUUCACCAUCCACUACUGAACGCUGGAGGCGGCGCCUGCGCUUGUGGCAUCCGGGAUGUUUGGAGUCCGAGCAGGUCGUUCGCGCACUGUUUGGCGUUUAUGCGCGUCGCCGUGGAGGACCCUCAGGCAGGCCAGAAGCCUGUGCCGCGAGACGGGACAGAAGAGAUGUGCUUCUGCGGCCUCGACGGCGAUGUCACUCUGGAAUACGAGCGCGAUCCGACGGCCUGGCUUUCCAAGGCGCGCCGCCUCUUUUUCCAUGACCGUGGCGUCGCCCCUCUUUGCGUUGCUGCUGAUGGCUUGGAGGGCAACUUGCUUCGGAUCGUUUGCUCCAACCUGGCGGGGGAGGAGCUGCUCCAGAUCCAAGCAGAUGGAGAAAGCGCUUUUCGGCAUCUGGAGCGACAGAUUCGCGAGCAGAUUCCCAGAGUAGAGGGCAUUUCUGCCUGGAAGAUCGUGUUGCCUGACGGGCGCUGCGCCGACGAUGUUCCAACCGAUGCAACAGUGAGAGAAGGUUUCAGGCGAUAA